AUGGAUUUCGUGUCGCUCCUUCUUCUGGCAGCCCUCCUGGGGCUCCUGCUCCUCUUGGCACGGGGUCCUGCUGCUUCACGGAAAGGCCGCCUCCCUCCAGGACCGCGACCCUUGCCUUUACUUGGCAACUUUUUCCAGAUGGAUCGUCAGGGCAUCCUGAAAUCCUUUUCAGCGCUUCGGGACAAGUAUGGGGAUGUAUUUACCAUCUUCCUGGGCUCCCGACCUGUGGUUGUGCUAUGUGGGACUGAGGCCGUGAAGGAGGCUCUGGUGGAGAAGGCAGAAGAGUUCAGUGGCCGAGCACCCAUUGCUAUGCUUGAGCCAGUCUUCCAGGGGCAGGGGGUUGUCUUUUCCAAUGGGAAAUGGAAGACUUUGCGCCGAUUCUCCCUGGCCACUCUUCGAGAUUUUGGGAUGGGGAAGAGAACCAUUGAAGAACGGAUCCAAGAGGAGGCCCAGUGUCUGGUUGAGGAGCUGCAGAAAUCCAAGGGAGCCCUGUUGGACCCCACCAUCCUCUUCCACUCCAUCACGGCCAACAUCAUCUGCUCCAUUGUGUUUGGUCAACGCUUCUCCUAUCAUGAUAAACAGUUCCAGGACGUGCUGAACAAGUUCAAUGACACAUUUACACUUACAAGCAGUCUCUGGGGCCAGAUCUUUGAGCUGUUUUCAGCUUUCCUGAAGUUCUUUCCUGGUCCCCAUCGGCGUGUCCACAACAACCUGACAUUCAUCAGUGCAUUCAUUGCUGAAAAUGUGGAGAAGCACAAAGAGAGCCUGGACCCCAGUGCCCCCCGAGACUUUAUUGAUGUGUACUUGCUCCGUAUGGAGAAGGAAAAGGAAAUCGCUAACACUAAAUUCCACUACAGAAACCUCAUCAUGACUGUCAUGUCACUGUUCUUUGCGGGCACGGAGACAACCAGCACCACCUUGCGCUAUGCCUGCCUCCUGCUCCUCAAGUACCCCUGGGUGGCAGAGAAAGUUCACAAAGAGAUAGACCAGGUGAUUGGGAGGAACCGUCUUCCAGAGCUCAAAGAUCGAGCCAAAAUGCCCUACACAGAUGCUGUCAUCCAUGAGACCCAGAGAUUUGGUGACCUCCUCCCUAUGGCUUUGCCCCAUUCUGUGACCCAGGACACCUCCUUCAGGGGCUACCUCCUUCCCAAGGGCACGGAAGUGUACCCUGUCCUGAGCACAGCCCUGCAUGAUCCCAGGUACUUUGAGAAACCUCAUGCCUUUGACCCCAACCAUUUCUUGGAUGCUCAGGGAUCUCUGAAGAAGAGUGAGGCCUUUAUUCCCUUCUCUUCAGGGAAGCGAACAUGCCUGGGGGAGGGCGUUGCCCGCAUGGAACUUUUCCUCUUCUUCACCACCAUCCUACAGAACUUCUCCCUCAGCUCCUCUCUGGAUCCUGAUAGCAUUGACCUCACUCCAAGGCUUAGUGGAGCAGGCAAUGUGCCUCCCAUCUACCAGCUUGGAUUCCACCCUCGCUGAAGCUCCCUUCAUGGCCGAGGCUUGGAGAAGUAGCCACUGGGAUAACCUCACUAUCGUCACCAAACAGAAUAUCCCAGAGGUCAACCAGGAAACUUGA